UGCGUUUCCAAUGCCACAGAGAAAGGCCACUGCAUGCGCGAGAUUUCGUCAACUGGCGCUCAGCCCCGAGGCUGGCGUCGCGCCGCUACCGCCGGUGGGCGCUCGCUGCCAGUUAGGAGUGCGCGGCUCCCCGAAUCACCGUCAGCGGAGACUCGAGGGCACGCAGCGCGCCGCGGGCGACUGGUGUGACUGUCCGCGAGACUGAAGGAGCCGGGACGCCAUGUCACGGCCUGCGAACAACGAGUUCAAGUACAAGGCCCCCGAUCGACAAAAUCCUUUGAGUCUGCAGUGCCCGGCAUGCCUGGAGAAGCUUCAGGACCCAAGGAUACUGCCUUGUUUGCACACCUUGUGCAGACGUUGCAUAGAACGGCUUGGUAGAUAUCACAGGCGUUUUUUAUCCUCGGGAGUAAGCACUCCGAAAGGUGUCCCGACCCGAGCUUCUUGUACCCGCGGCACACAUUCGAACGAACUCUCAGCUACCCCAAGCUGCAAGAUGCAUGACUCCGCAUACCGCCAGCUUGACGGCUCUGUCGAAGAAAGGGCGGACGGUGUGAUUGUUUGUCCUACAUGCCAGAAUGAAUGCAUCGUGACGGCGACAGGAAACGAGUUCCCUGCAAAUUUUCUAGUCAGACGGUUCCUGCGCUCUGCUCCUGACCUACUUGGCAGCUGGCAGCCCGGCUCGCUAAAACAAUCCGCGUCCCAAGCCAAGCGUUCCUCGCUGUGCGACCUGUGUGCCAAGAGCAGAGCUGCCGUGAACAGGUGCGUCGGGUGCUUGCUGUCGUGCUGCACUAGGCUGCGCCGGCAUCAUCCCAGCGGGAAUCUACGUGGUCGAUCAGCCGCACGCAAGACGCACGAGGCGGACGAGCAGACCAUGCAGUCAACGGCUUCACUGGGACCUCGAGCCUGUUCAAAACACCCGGCAUGCCAGGUAGACACUUUCUGUCUGUCAUGCCGCAAGGCCAUCUGCUCAUCGUGCUUACUGAACGACCACCGCAAUCACGUCAGCAGCGACUUAAGUGCUGCCAAAGAAAAGGAACUCAUGAGGACAGGUCAGCUUCUUACCAGGCUGCACUCGAAGAUGUCUACUCUUGAAGAUUCGGCAAACGGAACCCUGAAGAAGAGCCAGGCUCUUUCCCGCAACGCUAGCGAUGUGACACGCGAGGUGAACAGCUUCUACGACGGAUAUGUGUGCGCUCUGGAAGCUCGCAGGCGCGAGCUGUUAGACGAAAUUGCCCGCUUCCAGAAAGAGCACCAACAGACGUUGCUCGAUCGUAGCACCACCCUGGAGGCAGCGCUCGUGCGGGCUAAGAGCGUGCAUGAGUUCGGUAAAACGCUGCUCCACUUCGGGCCUGAGAUGCCAGAGGUCGUGCUGCCACUUGUAGAAGUGCUUGACAAAGCUGCUCGGCCCAUCGUCGUGAUGGACGACAGAGAAGACAUUUCAAUGUAUCAGCCGCUCUCCCUCAGAUUCAGAAAGGACAGAGAGGACCACAGGGAAGGAUACCUCGUGUACGGUGCGGUGUCCCGUCAAGCCGACCCAUCGAUGGUUUCAGCGGUGCUGUCUUUUGAAGAACCUGCAGACAGUCAACAGCUUGGUUCUUUGAAAGCCGUGCGUUUGAAGUUCCAGGACCCCUCUGGACACCCGAUUGACGUGGAACCAGAACAAGUUCGGGCAAUGCUCAUCUCAUCCAAAUCCGCAAGGAAAAGUGCAGCAGUAGUCACACGUGCCGAAGAAGAUCCUUUACAACUGAGGCUGAAGUUCGAGACGAGGAACGCCGGCACACACGCACUCGCAGUCACGCUAGACGACCAGCCCCUCCUGGGUAGCCCAUUUCUGUUCAGGGUGAGGUCGCGGAAGCCGCGGUGUGAGGGGAAACGGUGUCCUGCUGCUCCAUCACUGGACAGAAUUUCUGCUUGCCGCGCAAGCGCAAGUUUUCAGUCUCAGAGCCUGUGUAAACGUCAACGCAUUCCAGGUGACAGCGAGGUAAAUGGUCCGCCAGAGCAGACACCCUGGGGCAACUCACCCAAGCCGUUCCUACAAUCUAACCUGAACGGAAGUGACAUCAUGACUGAUGCUUCGUCGAGAUCAUCGCGUUUGUACCAGUUCACUACGUGACUUCGGGAUCAGAAAUUGUUAUGAGCUCUAUGGCUGGAAGAGCAAACAUAAGUGACGCCUCAUCAUUUUAGUUGCAGAGCUACCAUCUGCUUUAACAUGCCAGUUUUAACAAUGACUGCCAAUAAAGAGAUUGCACAAGCA